AUGCGUGAUGGUGGCUGGAUCGUUUCUCGUCGGUUAAGUUCAUUUUCUGACAAUUUCUUUGCCAUUGGAAUCGACUGGAACUAUAUCGAAAUCGACUCAGAUGUCAACAGAUGGAUGAAAGAAGUACUGAUGAAUUUUGUUCGUCGAAUCAAACAAACAAUAAAUGAAUUGAAUUUCUUUGAAUUAGAAAUAAUUCGUUUAGAAAAUUUUGAUCAACGCAAAGCAAUCAUAGCGACAAGGAUUUAUAUUAUACUUUUCUCAAUACUUUUAACAAUUCUGGUUAUUUAUUUGGCAUUUCAAGGCGAAACUCGUACUGUCACUCUUAGUAAUCCAUUACAAUCCGAUUUUACAACUCUUUUCAAAGAAUAUCCAAAUAGUUUAACAUGUCCAUGUCAACAAAUAACAAUUCCCUAUGAAAUAUUUCUCGAUAUCAUAAUUGAUUAUCAUCCAAUUUGUUCAAGUAUAUUUGUUAGUGUUGAUUGGAUAAAUCUCUUAUUUAAUUAUAAUAUCAGUUAUUUUUACCCUCUUGAUUUUCGUUCAUCAUCUUUGGGACAAUUUCAAAUACUUUCAUCAUUAUGUUCACUCUCCAAACAAUAUCUUGAUGAGCACAUUCACGAUUUACUUUCUGAUAGUUUUCUUUCACCGAUAGCUCUUUCGUCACAAUUACUCGAUCAUCAAAGUCAAUCACAAAGUUCAUUCAUUCGAGCAUCCUCAGCCAACGCUUUUCUGCAAUUGUUACAAUUAAUUCGUAGUGCAACUUCUGUUGACGUGUUACAGAACGCUGCACAAACUGCACGAAUUUCGCGAUCGUGGGUAAUCUAUGAUGGAUUAAUAACUACAACUGAGUAUAGCACCCAUUUUUCUGAUCGAAAUGGUACUAUUUGCGGUUGUGAUUUUGAAUCUACUUGCUCAUCAUCAUUUUCUGGCUUCUUUAAUUUAUCAGCUUAUGAGACGGUGCCUGUUGGAGACUAUACAUCUUCUCAAUCAUUGAUAACUGAAGUACCAGGAUUUGUUGUCGGAUGUUAUGCACUUGAAUCACUUUUGCAAUCAUCACUUGAAUGUUUGUACGAUUUACAAUGCAUAAAUAUUAUAUUAAAUUUCUUUCCACAUAUCAAUAUAAAUAAUAUAACUUAUCUAAAUAGAAAUGAAACAAAAUAUUCGAUUGAUACACUUGUUAAUGUAUUUGUCGAAAAUUUAUUUAUUGAAAAUUGGACAAUUAAUAGUUCAUUUGAAAAUUAUUAUAAUAUGUGUGCACCUCUUUUAUGCACAUAUACAUUUAUUCAGUAUAAUAACAUUUUAUAUAUUAUAACACAAAUCUUAGGACUUUAUGGUGGAUUAGUUCUUGUUCUUCGUUUUAUUAUACCUCAAAUACUUCUCAAGUUUAAUCAACGUGUUCGUCAUGAAUCAACAGAAAUUACUCAAAUUCGUUUGAUCGAUCAUCUAAAACAAUUCAAUUUAUUUAAGAAAUUCGAUGCAACACGUAAUGAUCCUUAUGAAUUACGAACAUCACGUAUAGCUACUCGUUUCUUUUCAAUUGUCUUUCUUGUAACAAUGUGUAUUCUGGUAAUUUAUGCCCUCGUAAGUGUUCGUACACAAUCAUUCACUAUUUUACAACCAUCACAGAGUACUUUUGAAAAUCUAUACAUGAAAUAUUCAAGUGAAGUGAAAUGUGCAUGUAAACAAUCGUUUAUUUCAUACGAAAGCUUUUUAUCUUUGUCACCCGAAUAUCAUCCAGUCUGUUCAAGUUUAUUUGUAUCUUCGGCUUGGUUAGCCUCACUUUCGCCUGCAAAUUGGCUCGAUACAUUUUUUAAUUUUGAGGAUUUUCGAGUAACAGGUAUAGUUAUUUUCCAAGCGAUUAAAAUCUUAUGUUCGUAUGCUGAAAUAAUAAUAAGAAAUUCUUGGCAAAAUUUCAAACAAUCUUUAUAUGUUACCGAAUUUGCAUUGUCGAAAAGUGAAAUGAUUGAACAGAUUCAAGGAAUAAUAAGUCAAUUUCAAUCAGGUACUAUUGCUGAUUUUAAACAAAAUCUGGAUACUAUUCGAUUACACACAAUAAAUACAUUGAGUACCAGUAUGCUAAAUGGAGGUCCGGGUUCUUAUAAAUUAUUGAAUACUACUGAUACUUAUAUUGAUUUUCAAUAUUUUUCAGCAGAUUGGGGCGAAUGUUCUUGUGCAUUGACUGAUGAUUGUAUUGUUCCAACGGUAUUUUAUGAAUAUCCUGACUCACUUUCUCCUUUUUCAGCUAUUUUCUUAUUCAAGGUUCCUGGUUUAUUCUCUGGUUGUUUUGCUAUCCGAUCAGCUUUUCACUCAUCACUUGAAUGUUUCUAUAAUGAAACUUGUCUAAGUGCAAUUGAAACAAUGAUUCGUUCUAAUCGAUCCAUUAGUGUUAUUAGUCUGAACCAAAGUCAAACUCGAUAUUCACCCAAUUCAUCUAUUGAAACAAUAUUUAAUGAAUUGAUGUUGGAAAAGUGGGGUGAGAAAAUUGAAUACAAUCGUUAUUAUGAAGUAUGUGCUCCUAUUUCUUGUACUUAUACAACUAUAAAACAUAAUGAUCUCACAUAUAUUGUCACAUUUUUACUGGGUUUAUUUGGUGGUGUUUCCAUAUCAUUGAAAAUUCUUGUUUUAUUUCUCGUUGAAUGGAUACGAAAUCGAUCUCGAUCAAAUUUGAAUCCAACAAAUUUGAACGAACAAAAUUUUCUUGAACGUUUCUCUCAAUUAAUAAAUAAAUUGAAGAUAAAAAUUCGAACACAUAAUAUAUUCGAAAGCGAAUUAUCAUGGUUGAAUGAACAACAUCGUCAACAAGAAAUCCAAACUACUCGUAUUUAUUUUCUUCUCUUAUUAUUUCAUGUUAUUAUUCUCAUUACUUUUACUUCAUUUUCUGUUUUAACAAAAUCUAUUACAAUUGAUUAUCCAACACAAUCAAUGUUCGAUAAUCUACGAUUAAAUUCUCGGAUUUCAUCAACAUUGGAAUGUUUUUGUCAACAAAUCGGUAUUUCCUACAAAUCAUUUAUUUCAAUUGAACCUCAUUUUCAUCAACUUUGUUCGAGUGAUUUUACUAAUAUAAAUUCAAAUUGGACACGUGUACUUUAUUCAUAUGGAAUUGAUGAUGAACAUUCCUAUGAUGAUUAUCGUUUAUUUGCUUUACCACAAUUUCGUACAUUAUCUUUAUUGUGUAGUGUCUCGAAAACAACAGUGACGAAUAAUUUAAUUCAAUUUCAUUCAAAAACAUUAAUUAAUAAACAAAUUCAAUCGUAUGAUGUUAUUCAAUCUCAAAGUGAAAGUGCAAUUAGACGAUUUCGUUCAUCAUUAUGCAAAACAUUUGUUUGGACGUUUGAUUUCAUUCGAGAAAUGAAUCAAGGAAAUGGAAUUGUUUCAUUGAUUUUCUCGAAUUGGUAUUUUCAAACAUUGAAAAAGGAAGACAAGGCUUAUUUAUGGACAAAACCACGUUCAUAUGAAGAUCAAAAUAAUUGUUCGUGUGGAAUAAGUUCAAUGUGUAGUUCAUCAGCAAAGAUAGAAAAUACAUCAAUACCUGGUCUUCGAAUCGGUUGUUCUAUCAUUGAUUCGUUUCUUCAAUCAACUUUGGAAUGUUUUUACAAUAUUAGUUGUAUCAAUUUAUUGAAAUCUUUUUAUUUCGUACAGGAUGUUUUGAUUUCACCAUUGAAUACGAAUCUUUCUUCUUCAAAUGAAACUGUUCAAGAUCUUAUUGAUCGUCUAUUGAUUGAUGAAUGGAAAUAUAAUAUCUCCUAUGAAAAUUAUUAUCGUACUUGUUCGCCUCGUUCAUGUCGAUAUACAAUUGAAGAACGUGUUGAUGCAUUGGAUAUUCUUACAAGACUUAUCGGCUUUUAUGGUGGAUUAACUAUUGCACUCAAAAUGAUUACACCUCUUCUUAUGAACAUUCUUCAACAUUUCUUUCAACGCUUUCAAAAUAGAAGUUCUACACAAAUUCAACCUGUUUUAUAG